AGUUCAUGCAUGAAUAGCACUCCUAGAGCUGGGAGUUGUGAUAGAAGUGGAAGAUCUAACACCCCCCUCCCCUAAUUCCAUACUUGAUGCAGAGAGAGAGAGAGAGAGAGAGAGAGAGAGAGAGAGAGAUGCCUUCAGUUGGCCCCAAACCACUCCACUGGAGAGCCAAGGACUUCCAGUCUAGCCUGCUUGUGUUUUGCUGCAAAAUACUUGAACCCAUACAGAUACCUGGCAGUCUUUGAGCCAUGUUUAGGAAGAAGUGUGGUGUUGUUUUUUAAAUGACCAAUGAUUUUCAGAAAUAAAAGCUCUUGGUGUUUCUAAAAAUGUUUGACCUGAGCAAACGCAGCCUUCUCUCUCUCUCUCUUUAAAAAAGCAACAAACAAUCCAAAACUCAUUGUUUAAGGCUGGAUGACUCCUUAAUCCAUUUGGAUCCCCCCCCUGCCCUUCCCCUACGUCCCCAUGCCUUCCAUCUUCUGCCUCAGUAUUACAUUCAGACAAGUAGAAGUACAAGGAACCUUAAAGGGAAGAGAGAAAGGAGAUGAGGGGAAAGGAAAGGGGAUUUCGCUUCCAUCUGGAUGUAAUUUAGACUCAACUAGACGCAGGUCACAGAGCAGGAAUGGAUGAGCUGGGUAGUAUUCCCCCAUUCGUUUGUCUCAGGUGCCUUCCUCUCAGAAGGAUAGAAGGUGCUUACAGCCAUGGCAGCUGAGAAUCAGCAACUUCACUGCUCCUAGAUUCGAUGAUGAGCUGCCUCUCUAAGACCCACUUAGCUUGCUCCCUUUCAAUUAGACUAGUUUUGCAAAGCUUGGGGAAGAAGCGAUGUGGCUGAGACUGCGGGCAAUCCUCAGGUUUAGCAUGUUUGCCAGAUUCUGGGUGAGUGGCUAAGGAUGAUGUUUUUCACUCUGUGUGUGUGUGUGUGUGUGUGUGUGUGUGUUGCAUUGCUGCCUUUUGACCAGUGCCCUUGUGAAAAUAACUCAUUUAGGAGCUGAUCAAUCCAAAAGCAAGUGGCAAUUAUGACUUUUCUAAGAAAAUCUGCUUCUAAUAAGAAUUCAUAAAUAUUCCACCAGCGGCUAGCACUCUCAUUUGAAAAAAAGCCUGUGAAAUGACGAGGGGGUGUAUAUUGAAUUACUCUGCCAGAGAAUUCCAUCACUUCUGCUCUCACUCGUUCUCUUGCUCACUCUCUCCUCACCACUCAAAUGAAGAAAUUUAUUGGUAUUUUUCCAUAAGCUUAUAGAGUAAAAAGCUAUUUUAGGAAAUCAGGUAUUUGGGGAUUCACCAGCUUCAAGGCUUAACCCCCCCCUCCGAAAUACUACUUCUGUAUGUUGUUCCAGUUGUUCUUCAGAUAGACCCCUGCAGUGGCAUUUCAAGCUAUGGUUUUCUGGGUGUGUGUGUGUGUGUGUGUGUGUGUGUGUUUUUUAAAACAACCAUCAAGAGAGCUGCAUGCCUUGGCAAAAAUGGGGGAAGACCUUUCUUUUCAGGUCGCUGUUCAUUCCAAAGGUUCUGAAAUGGAGAGGGAAGGGGGUGCUGUGUGGGCAAUAGGAGAUAACAUGUAUGCUUGCUGCUCUACAGUGACUUGGGAGCAGGAUCUCAACAGGAAAAUGCAUAUCUGGAUGGUGCAAACCAUAGCCUUUGCUUUAACAUCUCUAGUCCUUGCGUGGGCAGAGAGCAUUGAAUAUUAUGGGGAGAUCUGUGACACUGACAAAGGAUGUCCUUGUGAGGAGAAAGAUGGCAUAUUAAUGGUGAACUGUGAAAACCGAGGGAUCAUCAGCAUCUUGGACAUCAGCCCUCCAAAAUUCCCAAUCUACCACCUCCUGCUGUCUGGAAAUCUACUCAAUCGGCUCUACUCUAAUCAGCUGGUCAAUUAUAGUGGGGCUUCGAUAUUGCAUCUGGGCAGUAACGACAUCCAGGACAUCGAGACCGGAGCCUUCCAUGGACUGAGGGCUUUAAGGAGACUGCACUUGAACAACAACAAGCUGGAAAUUCUGAGGGAUGACACUUUUGUGGGACUGGAGAACUUGGAGUAUCUCCAAGUUGAUUAUAAUUAUAUCAGUGCCAUCGAACCCAAUGCUUUCAGCAAGUUGCACCUGCUGCAGGUGCUGAUUCUGAAUGACAAUCUCCUCUCUUCAUUGCCCAACAACUUGUUCCGUUUUGUGCCCUUGACUCACCUAGAUUUGAGGGGCAACCGACUGAAACUGCUCCCCUACCUGGGGCUUCUGCAGCAUAUGGAUAAGGUGGUGGAGCUGCAGCUGGAGGAAAAUCUGUGGAAUUGCUCCUGUGAGCUGAUUGCACUCAAAGAUUGGUUGGACAGUAUCUCCUAUUCAGCCCUGGUGGGGGACGUGGUUUGUGAAACUCCUUUCCGUUUACAUGGGAGGGAUUUGGAUGAGGUCUCCAAGCAGGAGCUUUGCCCUAGGAGACUCAUCUCAGAUUAUGAGAUGAGACCACAGACCCCACUGAGCACCACAGGGUAUUUCCACACCACUCCAGCCUCUGUGAACUCUGUGGCUACUUCUUCCUCAGCUGUUUACAAAUCAAAGCCCCCCAAAGGGACCCGCCAGCCCAACAAACCUAGGGUGCGCCCAACCUCUCGUCUGCCCUCCAAGGAUCCAGGAUACAGCAACUAUGGCCCCAGCAUUGCAUACCAGACCAAAUCCCCGGUGCCUUUGGAGUGUCCAACAGCUUGCACAUGCAACCUGCAGAUCUCCGAUUUGGGCCUCAAUGUCAACUGCCAAGAGAGGAAGAUUGAGAGCAUCUCAGAGCUGCAACCCAAGCCGUACAACCCCAAGAAGAUGUACCUAACUGAGAACUACAUUGCGCUGGUGCGCAGGUCAGAUUUCCUGGAUGCUACUGGGUUGGAUUUGCUCCACCUGGGCAAUAACCGCAUCUCAGUAAUUCAGGAUCGAGCCUUUGGGGAUCUAACUAACUUGCGUAGGCUCUAUCUGAAUGGAAACAGGAUUGAGAAGCUGAACCCGGAGCUAUUCUAUGGGCUUCAGAGUUUGCAGUACCUCUUCCUGCAAUAUAACGUGAUCCGGGAGAUUGAGGCGGGCACUUUUGAUCCUGUACCCAAUUUGCAGCUCUUGUUUCUUAACAACAACCUGCUGAGAUCAUUACCUGGUGGUAUUUUUUCUGGUUUAACUCUCUACAGGUUGAACCUGAGGAGCAAUCAUUUCUCCUACCUUCCUGUCAGUGGAGUGCUUGAUCAGUUGAAAUCCCUGCUGCAGAUUGAUCUCCAUGAGAACCCAUGGGAUUGUACAUGUGAUGUGGUGGGCAUGAAGUUAUGGCUCGAGCAACUCAACACAGGUGUCCUUGUGGACCAGGUAAUCUGUGAAUCCCCUAAGAAAUUUGCCCAGAAUUACAUGAGGAGCAUCAAACCGGAACUGCUGUGCCCAGACUAUUCUGACAUCAUUGUUUCCACUCCCACUCCAUCAUCCAUGCAGGGACCAGCCAGGACCACCCCUUUCUCCAACUCUGGGCAAUUCAAUAGCACCUUGGAGGAGGAGGACUCAGUAUCACCUUCUGGUGGCUCUUCUUCCUCCUCCUCUUCUUCCACGGUGCCUUUGUCAGUUCUGAUUCUCAGCCUGCUGCUGGUCUUCAUCAUGUCUGUGUUUGUGGCUGCAGGUCUCUUUGUGCUGGUCAUGAAGCGUAGGAAGAAAGUCCAAGGUGACCAUGCCAGCACCAACAACUCAGAUGUGAGCUCUUUCAACAUGCAGUACAGUGUAUACACGGGAGGGGGAGCUCCACAUUCUCAUGCCCAUGCCCAUCACCAGCAACACCCACAGCAUCUUCACUGUGGAGGAGGGGGUGGAGGAGGAGGAGGAGGUCCAGCUUUGCCCAAGGUAAAAACGCCUGCAGGACACGUCUAUGAAUACAUCCCUCACCCCUUGGGCCACAUGUGCAAGAACCCCAUCUACCGCUCCAGGGAAGGCAAUGCGGGUGAGGAUUACAAAGAUCUCCAUGAGCUCAAGGUGACCUACAGCAACCAUCAUCUUCAGCCUCAACCCCCACCACCCCCACAGGUCUUGGGGCAGCCCCCAAUAGCUCCGGGAGGCCAAGAGGAGACUCUGCGGAGCCCCACAUACACUGUGAGCACCAUUGAGCCUCGGGACGAGUUGCUUUCCCCUGUUCAGGAUGCUGAUCGUUUUUACAGGGGCAUUUUGGAGCCCGACAAACACCCUUCUUCUACCUUGGGAGGCAGUAACCUUCCCGAGUACCCUAAGUUUCCCCCAACUGCCUACACUUACUCCCCUAACUAUGACCUUAGGCGCCCCCCUCACCCAUAUUUGCAUCCUGGCCCGGGGGACACCAGGCUCCGGGAAACGUUGCUCUACAACCCCCCAAGCACUGUUUAUGUAGAGCCCAACAGGAACGAAUACCUGGAGCUAAAAGCAAAGCUAAAUGCAGAGCCGGACUACCUCGAAGUAUUGGAAAAACAGACCACAUUCAGUCAGUUUUGAGACCCCUCCUCUUCCAUUCUCUCUCCAGAGCAUUUGUAUUUAACAACCACACACAAAGAAACACAGUGUUGAUUCUCCCUUUCCACAUCCCUUUCCUCCCCUUUCCUUGCUUCAUUGUGUUGGAAGGUGAAGUGCCUUGGCACAGGAAUUUCCAGCUUCGGGGAAAGCUACUGAAAGGGUGUGCUGAUUCCAUAGUUAAAGUUCUGGUUUUUUUGUGUUUUUUUUUUACAGCCAGUAGGAAGUGAUUGGGUGAACCAGGCAGAGAAUUUAUUUUCUCACCCCUUUCUGUGGUAUGUGUUGUGCUAAGGGAGGCAUGGGGUGUGAAGAAAGAAUGGGCUUCGUACAGCCAGAUGUCAAAAAGGUUGUAGAAAUCAAUUUAUCUUUUCUUUUAUGUCGGAUAUGCACUACUUAUGAUUUGUUUUCUCUAGGUUGAAAAGUGCAGGGCACCGGAUUCCCUUUUUUAGCCAUGAAUGGGUGUAAAUGGCUGUUUGGGGGGCUGGGGGGAGAUUAGCACACCCUGACUUUAAUACAAGGUUGUUUGUUUUUCCCCUCCCUUUUUUAAGGAAAAAAAAGGAUGUAUUUGUAUGUUUCUGGACUUUUGAAUUAAAACAAAUAUUAUGAUCUUUAAAAGGAUCACCAUAGAUGUGGACAAAUCAAUAAAGAGUUCAGAGAUAUAUGAUCUUUAA